CACAAUUUCUUGCAAGUUCCCACCCGUCCCUUUGCGGUCAUCUCGGUUUCGGGCUGAUUCCUCGGCUUCGCUCUGAGAAGGAGGUGUCGGCGCCUGACUUGAAUAUUUGGGAGGAAGCUUGCGGUCUUUGUUCAAUCAUUUGAUCGGUUGGGUUCCUUUGUUGCACCAAAAGCAUGGGAGCACAAAUCUCCAAAACCGCUGGAAAAGAGGAAGCCGCGGUGGAAAAGCCUGCAGAAGGUGCAGCUGUUGCAGCAAAGACGAACGGACAGGAGAAUGGCCAUGCCAAGACCAACGGGGAUGCCUCUCCAGCUGCAGAGGAGGCCAACAAAGCUGAUGUUCAGGCCAACGGCAGCACUCCCACUGAGGAGGCGCCAAAAGAAGAAGGGGAGAAAGUAGAGGGUGCUGAGGCCAACGGCGAGAAGGAGCCCGCCGCCACAAACGGAGAGGCUGCCGCCAAGCCGGAGGAGGGCACUCCAUCCACCAGCGAGGACGGCAAGCAGAAGAAAAAGCGUUUCUCCUUCAAGAAACCCUCCUUCAAGCUCAGCGGCUUCUCUUUUAAGAAGACCAAGAAGGAGUCUGAGGAGGCGGCAGAGGAGGGAGCAGCAGCAGCCACCGCCGCCGCCGAAGGAGAGAAAGCACCUGCAGAGGAGGAAGCACCUGCGGAGGAGGCCAAGCCAGCAGAGGCUGGUGAGGAAGGAGCUAAGGAGGCUGCAGCCGAGGAGCCAAAGGCCGAGGAGGAGGCGGCGAAGGCAGAAGAAGCAGCAGCACCAGAGGGAGGAGAGGAGAAACCGGCCGAAGCUUCGCCUACUGAGCCAGAGACGGCAGCCAGUCCAGAGGCCACGGCCGCGGCUGAGUAACCCUGCUGAUCGAGACACCGGAAUGAAGGAGGCGAU